AUGGUCGCAAUGCUCUCCUGUGUGCUUUUGGAAGCACACCACGAGGGCAAGCCCGAGAAUAAGCCAGAACCCCAACCCGGCCUGCCGCCCCUCUCCAUGGACGUCUCGUCGGUUGCAUCGACCGUCCAAAACAAGUCGCAGCUCACCACUCCUGCUUCCUCUGUCCCGAGAGAUUCACAACCUGUUCCACCUCACACAUCUGCACGAUCUUCGAGCGAAAUUUGGCGUGUUGACUCUACUCCUCCAUAUUCGACUGGAACCACCCCUCCUUUUGUUUCUCGUCCGCGCGGAAUCGCCGCCGACCGAAAGGCCUUGAGCCAUAACGUCUCUCUUGCUGCCUCUCCUGAAGCAUCUCAGCCGCGGAGUGGAUCUGGAUUCGGAUCGGUGCUGGCAUCGUCCUUAUCUCGUUCAUUUACAUUCGGGCCAUCGUCGGCGUCUCCCCCCGCGCACACUCUAAACAAGAAGAAGCCGAAUCCGGAACAGGCCCCACGCUCUUCAGGUCUAUCUAAUGACAAGUCGCCCCUGGUGCCUGAAGUCCUGACGCCUGGCACGGAAAAGACCCAGUCUGAUACUGAAAGCGAUCGGUUACCGCAGCCAACAGAGCGUACAACACGAUUCAAGGCCGUGUUUAAAAACCAAAGUGUAUUCGACGGCGAUGGCGACGAUGAUUUUGCUCCAGAUUCCCUUCUUGACCGAAAUAAGGAAUGGCUGUACCGGUCGUACCGCGGUGCCUAUGCCGACCUUUUAUCGAUCUGGGAUUUGCCCGUGCAACAAAGCGAAGUCCUCAAGAUCGGUGCAGUUGCCGACGCUGCCGAGGACAUGCAAACCAGUCAAUACUGGGGCAGCCAUAGCUCGAAGAUGACUUCGUUUCAAGAAACAGUUGUAGGGGACACUACGUCCGGCUUCGAGGGCCUUGGCUUCCAGCGUCAUUGCGGUGAUUGUGGUCAUGCAUUACAGAUCUCUAUUUUCACACCAGAUCCUAUAGUCCCCGAUACCCCGUCCAAACGGAAGCGCACCAAAGCCUCUCAGCGGUGCCCGAACUGCAACCCACGCUCGCCUCUUCCAACAAAACUUCCCUGCGUGAUCUGUGGCGAAGCGGUCGAAGGCAUGCUGAUUCCUUGUCUCAGCUGUGGCCAUGUUAGCUGCUUCGAGUGCCACAACCGCUGGUUCCUUCAUGACGGUGCCAGCCAGGAUCACGUCUACAGAACUUCCGAUAAUUUCAGUCCCCCGUCUUGCCCGACUGGAUGUGGCUGUUUCUGCUCCGAGCACAUCGCAGCCAAAGUCCCCAUGCCGGCGUGGGAGCCCCCGGCAACUGCCUCGCCGCGGAUCAAAGAAACCCGCGCCGGCGCCAACCGGACCUACUCGCAUGAGAAACGCCAUCGACGCCGCCAGUCCGAACCCCCCGGUACGGAAACUACUGGAAAUACCACGCCCACAGCGCGCCGGGGAGUGGGUCAGAAUCAAGAUGACCUUGAUUUAUGGCAGACGGCUUCGCCUUUUGCGUCGCUUGCCCGAGGCAUGGGCGGUGGACUGAGUCAGGGUUUGCGGUCCAAGGACGAUCGGAGAAAGAAUCGGUCUGUGGCGAUUACUACGCCUAAAGGGAAAUGGAAAUGA